UUAAUCAAAAGCAAUGCAAAAGAAACAACUGUGUGAUUCGUAAUGUGUUUUGUUAUGAUUUUCACAACGUGUAAAUAAAAUUUCACGAUUUUGAUACUUUAAAAGGGAAAUAAAAUUAUAAUUUUAAUAUUAAUAUGGUAACCUCAUCAAUUCAAAAGAGAAAUGUUUCGAAUGCUAUUCUUGCAGGCGCUGGAAUAGGAUUUGUUUAUUUUCUCUUUCGAAAAAGGUCUCUUAUCAUAAAUAGUAUUCGAAAAGCAUGUAAAUUUGGUGGUCCGUUGCGAAAUAAGAAAGUUGAAAUUGUGGAAGAUGCCGAUCACUGUAAUCGAAUUGCUGUAAAUUUAAAAAAUGAUUGCGAACAGUUUCGAGUUUUAGGUUUUGAUUGUGAGUGGGUGAAUGUUGGUGGUUCUAGACGUCCUGUAGCGCUUUUACAACUUGCUUCACAUAGUGGUCUUUGUGCUUUAAUAAGAUUAUGUAAAUUAAAACAUAUUCCUAUGAAAUUGCGCGAAAUUUUAGAAGAUGACAAUAUUUUAAAAGUCGGUAUAAUUCCAAGUGAAGAUGCAAUGAAAUUAUCUCAAGAUUAUGGAGUUGGAGUUUCUAAUACGAUAGACUUGAGAUUUUUAGCUCUUCGUGCAAGUAGAAAACCGGAAGGAAUGGCUAAUAUGGCUAAGUCUAUUUUAGACCUUGAAUUGGACAAAGAUUGGAGAGUAAGCUGUUCUAAUUGGGAAGCUCAUUCACUGACAGAAAGACAAAUCAAUUAUGCUGCCAAUGAUGCUUUAGUUGCCAUGGAAGUGUAUAAAGUAUACUUUAAAGAAAUAAUGGGAAUAUACUGGUUUAGAAAAAAAACACAUGACGAAUUUUUAACAUCAAUUGAGCCUUUUAUUGACAUGAAAUAUAAAGAUAGUUAUUCUAGCAAUAUAUCGAAAAUGUCCUUUCUUUCAAAUUUUGGAGAAUCGAAAAAGAAAAAUAAUAAAGUAAUUAAGAGAACAUAUACAACUUUGGCAAGAACAAAAGCGUUAUACGAUAAUUGUCUUAUGCAAGCUCCAGAUGGAGAUUUACUUUGCACUUGUGAACGCAGAAAAGCACAAUGGUAUUUAGAUCAAAAUUUAGCAGACCUAAUAGAAGAAGAUCCUUUUACAAUUAGAUUAAAUUUUGAACCUGCGGGAAGAGCUGUUGGUGAUGUUGGAAAGUACUAUCAAAUACCAAAAGAAAAUCGUUGUGUCGUAUGUGGCAGUGAAGAUGGAUUUAUUCGAAAAAAUAUAGUGCCACGAGAAUAUAGAAAACAUUUUCCAGAUGUAAUGAAAUCUCACACGUCACAUGAUGUACUAUUAUUAUGUCCCAAUUGUCAUCAAGUCAGCAACAUAUCGGAUCUUAAAGUUAGGGAAAAUUUGGCAAAGUCUUGUGAAGCGCCAUUACUUUUUCAUCAGGGAGGAGCAAAAUUUGUUGAAAAUCCUAAGUUAAAAAAAAUUAGAUCUGCAGCGAGAGCAUUGCUGUACAACGCAAGUAAAAUACCAUUAGAAAGAAGAGAGCAGCUGAAACAAGUUCUUUUGGACAAUUUUCCCGAAAAAUCUGAAAUAAAUUCUGACCUAUUAGAAUACGCUGCAAAUGUAGAAGUAUUGGAAUCUGUAGAAAAUUAUUGUUGCCACGGAAUUAAAGUAGUUAAUAAAUAUCAGGAUGAAUUUGGUGGACUUAUUGAAUUAGAAAAAUUGUGGAGAAAACAUUUUUUGAACACUAUGAAACCAAAAUUCAUGCCAGAGUUUUGGUCAAUUAAUCAUAAUGAAGAUAGAUUAGAAAUUCGAGCCAAGGAAGGAAGGAUAAAAGAAAAUGACAUGAUUAUAGCAGGUAUCGAUCCCAAUUUUAUAAAAGCCACAGAAGAUUCAAAUGAAGAAGAAAAAAGCCAAGCAUAAUGUUCAAUUUCAACUAUAUUUACAUAAAUUCAUUUCAGUAAUUUUAAUUGCUUUUACAGGAAAUUUAUUGAUUUGAUCAGCAAUAUAAAUACAUUAUACUACACUAUAAGUUAUAUUUACUAUU